UCUCUCUCUUUGUAUAUAAAGCUAUGUUCAUCUUCUUCACUCAACAAUCAUUCUCUCUUCUCUUCCUUUACUCAAAUUCCAAACCAUGGCAACAUGCAUCGACGCAUGCCGAACCGGAACUACCCAAGACGAUGAUUCCCGGUUCUGUUGCAUCAAGAAUUUCUUCCGACCCGGUUUCUCUCUAAACCGGAAGAUCCACCACACACAAAUCGACGACGACGAUGAUGUCUGGAUCAAGAUCCUUGAAGAAGCCAAAUCCGAUGUAGAACAAGAACCCAUUUUGUCAAACUACUACUACGCUUCCAUCACAUCUCAUCGAUCUUUAGAUUCUGCUUUAGCUCACAUCCUCUCCGUAAAGCUCAGCAAUUUAAACCUCCCAAGCAACACACUCUUCGAAUUGUUCAUCAGUGUUUUAGAAGAAAGCCCUGAGAUUAUCGAAGCUACGAAGCAAGAUCUUAUAGCUGUUAAAGAAAGAGACCCAGCUUGUAUAAGCUACGUUCACUGCUUCUUGGGUUUCAAAGGCUUCCUCGCUUGUCAAGCUCAUCGAAUAGCUCAUAAGCUCUGGAAACAGAAGAGAAAAAUCGUAGCUUUAUUGAUCCAAAACAGAGUAUCGGAAGCUUUCGCCGUCGAUAUUCAUCCCGGAGCGAAGAUCGGAAAAGGGAUUCUUUUAGACCAUGCGACGGGGGUGGUGAUUGGAGAGACGGCGGUGGUUGGAGACAAUGUUUCGAUUCUACACGGCGUGACGUUGGGAGGAACAGGGAAACAGAGUGGUGAUCGGCAUCCGAAGAUAGGUGAUGGAGUGUUGAUUGGAGCUGGGACUUGUAUAUUGGGGAAUAUAACAAUUGGUGAGGGAGCUAAGAUUGGAUCAGGGUCGGUGGUGGUUAAGGAUGUGCCGCCGCGUACGACGGCGGUUGGAAAUCCGGCGAGAUUGAUUGGUGGGAAAGAGAAUCCGAGAAAACAUGAGAAGAUUCCUUGUCUGACUAUGGACCAAACAUCGUAUUUAACCGAAUGGUCUGAUUAUGUGAUUUAAUUCACAAGUGUAUGUUUUUUUCUUUCUUUCUUUCUUGUAACUAAUGAUGAUGAAUUAAGUCCUUAUGGAUUUGUUAAUAACAUGGAUUGUAAGUUGGGCCUUAAGUGGACUGUUAAAUGGGCCAUGUAACAACAACCUCACCCCAAGCAAUUAAUACGGUUUUGGUC